CGCUCGAUGAGCUUUUCUCCUCGUGGGCCCCGCCUGCUCCAUUCUCCACUUUCCCGACUCGGCUUCCGCCUCCGCCCAAGCCCCAGGGAAGGGAAGGAGGUGCCCUAACAGCCUCCAGAGGCGGAGGCGAGCGGCGCGUCACCUACCGCCCCUCGCCGGCGAGCAGGAUAAGAUGAACCCCUCAGCUCAUGAUCAGACAACACAGCAACAAAAACCAAAUGGCCGAAGAGCAGUUGGUAGCUCGCAAACCUGGACACGUUAUGGUGUUCUGCUACCAAGCCAGCAGACACGGAAGCUAAAAGAAUGGGUUCUAACUGAUGAACAACAACAAGUAGUCAAUGCUAGUGGUCUUGGACAUCUUGCUCUUACGACAGGAUUUACCAUUGACCGUUCCUUGCUUACAGCCUUCUGUGAGAGAUGGAACAACGAAACAAAUACUGCACAUUUCAUGGGAUUUGAAAUGGCACCGUCUCUCCGUGACGUAUCAUAUAUUCUAGGAAUCCCAGUGACUGGUCAUGUGGUGACGGCAGAACCCAUUGGUGAUGAAGCCGUGAAUCGCAUGUGCUUGCAUUACUUAGGAGAGAGCCCUGGAAGCGGAGAGCAACUAUGUGGAUUGAUCAGAUUAACCUGGUUGUACAGGAAAUUCCAUCAACUGCCAGAAAACCCCACCAUCAAUGACAUUGCAUUCAGCACCCGAGCGUACCUUCUAUAUUUGGUUGGCUCCACCUUAUUUCCCGACACAAUGAGGGGAUUUGUAUCCCCAAGAUAUCUACCACUUUUGGGGGAUUUCAGGAAGAUACAUGAAUAUGCUUGGGGGGCUGCAGCCCUUGCUCAUUUGUACAGAGGAUUGUCUGUCGCAGUAACACCAAAUGCUACUACCCAGUUUCUUGGCAGUGCAACUUUGCUCAUGGCUUGGAUUUAUGAGUAUAUUCCUUUGACUCAACCCCAACAAAAGAAUCAGAACACGUUGCUGCCCCGGGCAUGCCGAUGGAACUUUGGAGGAACAACACGUGGGCAGAGAAAGAAAGUUAUGGAAUGGAGAAAGGAUUUCGAGCAGCUUCAGUUGUCCGAUGUCAACUGGAAUCCUUACAAGGACAUAAAUCCAGCGAUUGUUCCAGGAUAUUGCAUCGCAGCAGAUAACAUUUGCCACUCUCGGACAUGGCUAAUCAGCUUUAACAUAAAAGAGGUGUAUGUACCUGACCGGUUCAAUAGGCAGUUUGGGAGGGAACAAGGUCGCCUCUAUCAGGUGCCAAUGUGGGCAAGAAGAACUUGGAGUAAGGGGAAAGACUGGAGGGUUGAGUAUGCUCGUGAGAUUGAGGACUUCCAUCAGUUGGUUGGCUGUCGUUUUAUCCCUUGUACGGAAGCUAAUAUAAACUCCCUCCCGAGUGAGUCUAUAGCUGGACAGACUACUACCAGAUGCAGCCGGAAUGCAUCUCAAAACUUCUCUAUGAUGGUUGAAGAUUUGAAGAAUGAUCUCCCGGUAAUUGAUCGUUAUCUGGAGGGACAGGUACUCCCUGAAGAGGUUGCAAGCUUCCUAGAGAGGGUGAGCACGAUGAUCAAAACUUACUCCCCACCACAGAGCAAUGAAAGGAAAGAUGAAGCAGCUCAGAGCAAGAAUGUCAGAGCAAAGAAUCCAAGAAAGAGGGCGAGGAAACCUUCGCUCUCUGAAGAUCCUUCAAGCCCUCAGGACUGCGGGGUAGACCGGUAUGCAGGUGCGCUGGUGCCUUAUCAGGCUGGCAAGUGUGACAGGGUGUUGGAUGGCACCGUGCCUCUGCUAAACAGAGGGGAAGCGUUGAAGGAAAAUGAGGUGAUGGAUCCCUGGCAAAUGUCGCAUUUGACAGCAGAGUCGUCUGGAGACUCGAGCUUGCCGGAAUCAAGGAGCCGGAGGCGUGAGGAAUCCGGAACCCCGAGGAGCAACCAGGGGGUCCGAAGGAGUGGAAGGAUGUGCGUGCAGCUCAAGAUGUUCAAGCACAGGGACGGGGUUGGGGCCGAGGAGACCAACCCGAUCUUCCUCUGAUAAGGAAGGGACUGACGCUGCCCGCCGUUUGGUCUUGGGCAUUGUACAAAGUAGUGGACCUGUCGUCGCGCUGCCGCAGACAGUUUACUGUUUUAUGUAGCGUUUGUAGGCCUUUGGUCGUGGUGACCGGUGAGUGAAAAGCUGGCCUUUGGCAUGCGUGUGUGCACACAUGAGUCCUGUAGGCCGUAGCGCAAGGUGGAUGCCGCAACCUUUGUGGCGUAUGCACCGGAUCGGAUGUGCUAUCUAUCCUCUCCAGUUGAUCUGCGGCACUUGCGUUUUGGUGA